AUGGCUUUUCCAGCUCAGAGUUUCCUCUUCCAGCCUUCGGUCUCUCUGGCUCUGCGCUCCUCUUCCUCCCCCUCCUCUUCCUCUUCUUCCUUCAGCUCUAGGUUCAUCCCAGGUUGCAGGUCAGUGGAGCUGGACCGCUCCUGCUCCUCCUCCUCCUGUCGCUCGGCUUUUGCUCCUUACUUCAGUUCAGCUCCGUCCUCUGCGGGGUUUAAGGCUCAGCUGCGGCUCGGUGGAGAACCAAGGAGUUUUGAGGGUCCAGGCUUCGGCCCCUCCUCCUCCUACUCUUCCUCCCCCUCCUCUGGUUCUUUAGAGUUCCACCCGUUGGGGGCCCUGGCGCCGUACCCGUACGGAGACCCCACCUACAGGAAGAACGCCACACGAGACGCUACGGCCACGCUCAAGGUCUGGCUGAACGAGCACCGGAAGAAUCCGUAUCCAACCAAAGGAGAGAAGAUCAUGUUGGCCAUCGUCACCAAGAUGAGCCUCACACAGGUGUCGACCUGGUUCGCCAACGCUCGCCGUCGACUGAAGAAGGAGAACAAGUUGACAUGGACUCCCAGGAACCGCAGUGAAGACGAGGAUGAGGAGGACGUUGAUCUGGGGAGACAUGAGGACGAUGAUGUCACGAUGAAGAUGAGAACUGAUGAGACGGAGACGGCUGACCUUCCUCUAUCCUCAGUGGGGCGCUGUCAUCCUCUGACCUGCAGAGACGGCAGCACUGACGUUGUCCUCAAACAUCCAGACUUCACUGAGUCUCUGGACCGAGGACCGCCCCCCAUCACAGGCCCAGCCCCCACUGGCAGCUCUCCUCAACACACCACACCUCGGACGCUGAGACCCCCGGAGCCGGACCCUACUUCCAGUCCACCGUCUGAGGACCUCAGAGGUCCUGGUGGCUCCGUCCAGGGUCCAGUCUCCAAACCCAGACUCUGGUCUCUGGCUGAACUGGCCGCCUCCUCAGACAAAACCCCAGGAUCUGGUGACUCCUCUCAGAGGCCCACACCCCCCUUCAUACCCCGGACCCUGUUCCCCCACAGCGCCCCCCUGCCCCCACAUUUCUACUACACCUCUGCUCUUGUCCCAGGAUAUUCUAACUUUGCCCCCUCAGUCUCCCCGCUCCCCCCGGGGCCACAUCUGACCGGAUUAGAGCAGACGAUGCUGCAGCGGCCAGAGGUCACGUUGGGAGACGAUAAAGUGAGGAGUCAGUGGGAGGUGCAGGAGCUGAAGACAGGGAUGAACGACGUCUAAAGACUGGACUUAAAGGUAGAACCAAGUCUUAAAAAAAAAAGAACCGGUCCUUAACAGAAACACUUACAGGCUCUGAUUGGUCGACUGACCUGUCAGUUACCUUCAUGUCUGUAUCACCUGAAUUAGACGCUGACGUCACCGUAAACACACAGACAAUGGCGACGUGACUCUGUCCAAUCAGACGCCUCGGACAGUCACGUGAUCCUCUGCCUCACAAACAUAGGCUGCACUUGUUUUCCUCAGUGUUUUGGACUGAAGUUCCUCCUGAUAUGGUGGUCUUCUGACCAUAGGUGUGAAUGUGUGUGAAUGACUGUUUGUCCUGAUACCUGACCCUGUGAUGGGCACGGUGUAACUCUGCCCUCACCUGGUGACUGCUGGGAUUGUCCCAGGCCCAGUUCAGAGACUGAAAAGAUCGACAGUUUGUGUUGAUUCUUCAGGUUUUUCUAUGUCAACAUGAAAAGAAUGAUUAAAAGUUACAGACAGAAGCUGUCCUUCUGUCCACUGUCCUCUCUGUCC